AUGGCAAAACCGGGAUUACCAGGGCUUAGAUCUGUUCUGCGUCGAUACUUAGUCAUUACAGCCGUCUUCUUACUUGCAAUACUACCCAUACAUUUACUUUUACAAGCUAGUGGCACCAAUUCUCCCUUGUCAGGACUAAUACCAGCGUCAAAGGGACCAAUACUACCAAAACCACCAGCAUCAGCAUUAGCAUCUACAUCUCUAAAAGCACAACCACAAGCCCAUCUUCAUAACCACAAUUCACAACAGUUACUAGUCUUUCCACAGAACUUCAAUGAUGAAGCGACUUACAAGCAGUUGUAUCCUCUCGAUAGUAGCAAAAAAGUGAUCAAUUAUUCAGGUAACAACUCGGCAUUAACUGGGGACCAUUUUCAACGUAAUACCACCCCACAUACAAUUCAUCUUUUCAAUUCAUUCACUAAUUCCAAAGCGUGUUCUCAAUCGUUGACAUCUUUGAAUUUGACAAUCAGUGACAAUCUUAUAUUUGACUCAGAUGACAAGAAAAUGGUUGAAAUUCUUCAAGAACAAUUGAAACUGGAUGAUGCCUUCAAGCAUUUGGAUGGGUUCUUUCAAGGGAAAAUCCCGGACAUGUUGCAGAAAAACACAGUUGGGAAACAUUUUUACAAAUUUGCCGGUACGUCCGUAUGGCUCAAGGAGUAUGGUGUACAUUUAAUGGUGUCACGGGUAUUGUUUUCUCGUCGUGGUUUGAAGUGGAAUCCACAAAUCUCAUUACUUUACGCUCAGGUGUAUGAUGUACAUUGGCAAGAGUUGACGAAUGUUGAGUUGGUUGUACCGGUGAUGGAUGUUGAUGGAGUCACAAGGGUUAACCAAAACUUGCAAUUUCCUCGGUUCAUGCCCAUUCCAUUCUACUCUGAUCCUGAAUACACCAAGAGAAGAUGGUACGGACCUGAAGAUACCAGAAUUAUGUUGGUGGAGAAUGAGAUGCAAAAAGAGGAACCAAUCAUUAUAUUUAAUGCCCAUCAACGCAACAUUUACAACUACACUGCUCUUGAUGGAGAUAAUGCCAUGCGAAUCAAUUUCGAGUCACACAGAGCCAUGUUUGUGGGGUAUCCAUUCAGGUACCAAUUGGGGAAAAUAAACACCGAUGGUAUUUCGGAUUCCCGGUUUGACGAUGUCAAGUUCACUCGUGUCAAAGAAUUGAGGAUCUUGGAUCGACCAAGAAAGGGCACUGAGAAAAAUUGGACUCCCUUUGUCAUACCUAAAGAUCGAGACCCCAAGUCCCCUGGUGACAAGUAUCUUUAUUUGAUUUAUAAAUGGGGCGAUUUGGAAGUUUUGAAAUGUGAGUUGCAGCAAUUUGACAACAAUGAAGACCUAAGUCAGUGUCGUCUUGUAUACAAGGCUAAAAAGAAGAAAAAUUCAAGUAUUAUAGGCCCCAUUCGUGGUGGAACGGAGAUGAUUCCAUAUGGAACCAUUGACCCAGCUUACAAGGACAAGAAUGUGUGGAUUGGGUUUCUUCGUGCCCAUAUUAGACAUUGUGGAUGUGGACGGUCAAUGUAUAGACCCAACUUCUACAUUUUCACAAAACUGGAUACUAGUGACGAGUUUCAAGUGCUGUAUUUAUCGUCAUCCAUUUCGUUCAAUAUCCCAGUGCCUGGGUGGCGGAAACCUGAGGUGCAAUGUGGAUCUCGUGAUCCAAACGUGUUGAUCCCCAAUGGUGUUUCCUCAUGGGAGUACGAUAAAACCUCUAAUCAAGAUGUGCUUGGGUUGACUUUGAGUGUAGGCGACGUCAACAAUAGCAUUUUGUACAUUUACGGAUUGAAGAGUAUAGUGGAGGAGUUGUUGGCAAAGCAGGUGAAUGAACAAGUUGAUGGGUAUGUGAACAACCAGCAGUUGAUGACAUGUGUUCUUGAUGCCAGUAAGGAAUUUUGUAAGGCUUAUGGUGAGGAACAAACCAGAUUGGGAGUGACUGAAGAAGUAUUGAAGAAAAUUGAAGAAGAGAAGAAGAAGUUGGAGGAGGAGAAGAAGAAUGCAGUGGAGGAUAAUAAGAAGUUGGAAGAAGGUGUCAAGAAACAGGAGGAGAAACAGGAGGAGAAACAGCAGCAACAGGGUUGA